AUGCUGACGGAGAGAAUCCUCUACUUGUGGGUCACAAUCAUAGGUUUGCUUAUCUUUGAAUUCUGUAUAACGCACAUAUUGCAAUGUUCAAAAUGGAGAUUUUGUCCUGGAAGUAAAUCCAUUCAAAGCUGUAAAGCUGAGGAGUAUUGCACGGCUGUUUUGUUGUUAAGUAGAACAAAAUAUUCAUCCCACAAAACCCCAAAACUGCAACCAAAAAGUUGCCCAGUGGGUUUCAAGCUUAUUUGGCCAUCGUUCGAUGAGUCGGGUACACCAAUCACAUCGCCGAAGCGUAAACACGUUCGCCUGUUAAGACGUAAUCAUUCAGAUGCGUCAACGUGCGUUUGGUGGACUAGUGGUCAGAUGUCCGAGGUUCAAAUCCCGGCACGAGACUCAACCGAAUCUCUCGUUUAUGAAAUUCUACAACUGAGUGUGCAGCACAUAGGCCGCCUCAUUAUUCAGUUGGCACGAUAUUCGAGAUAUCACACGAUGGACUCGAGUAGCACUCUUAUUGGUGCGAAAUCAGGUGUGAAUAUCGAAUGGCGGUCGUUCGAGGGGUCAAGCGUCCUGCCCACGUCACUUAGGCGCGAACAUGUUCACAUGUUCAAACGUGAAAAUCCCAAUGCAUCCAGCGUGCGCUGGUGGAAUAGUGGUAGCACACUCGCCUCGCAUGGCAGAUGUUCAAUCCCCGGAGGGAAACUGAAGUGUGGACAUACAAGGACAAUUGUGCGAGGACAGGAGAACGUCUGUUCCAACAAGAGUUAUGUCAGUGUGCGUCCUACAAAAAUUCCGCAGCCACCAACACCAGAUGGAAUUGUGUUGUGA